AUGGCUGAACAGCCCACCCAGUCGAAGGUCACUCCGUACCUAGUCUACCUGGUCUUCGUUACCACGCUGGGUCCGCUGCAAUUUGGAUAUCACUUGGCAGAGCUCAAUGCACCCCAAGCGGUGAUAACGUGCGAAAAGAAAACCAUCCAUUCCGCAAUUGCCCCUCAUGGCCUGCCGCAAUGCAUUCCCAUGGACCCUUCCCAAUUCGGCCUCGUGUCCUCAAUCUACACUCUCGGCGGUCUUCUGGGAGCCCUGCUGGCUGGGCCCGUCUCAACCAAGUAUGGACGUCUAGUGGCACUCCGAGCGACGACCAUAUUUUUCAUCCUGGGCCCUGUGGCAGAAUCUCUGGCUACGGCAAUUCCUGUCCUCAGCUUCGGUCGGUUUCUCUCCGGGGUUGGCUCCGGUGCUGCGAUAGUAGUCGGCCCAAUCUUUAUCUCGGAGAUUGCGCCGCCCAGUGCUCGAGGCUUCUUUGGAGCAUUUACCCAGGUCAUGACCAACGUCGGAAUCCUGUUAGCCCAAACGCUGGGGUAUUUCUGGAGCAAAGGAAGCUUUUGGAGACUGAUCCUCGCUGUUGCUGGUAUUAUCGGUGCCUUGGAGCUAUUGGGAUUGUUCACAGUGCCGGAAAGUCCUGCAUGGCUCGCGGAGCAUCAAAAGCCCAGUCAGGCCCAAAAGGUCCUACAACGCAUCCGAGGAGGAGAUGCCGACAUCGAAGCCGAGAUUGAGGCCUGGAGAGCUUCCUCGGGAGUUGCACCCGAAGAAGAAUCUCUUCUUGCUCCAUCGCCUGGAACUCAGUCCCCUAAACAACCACCGGUUACGAUCAUGCAGGUAGCUCGUGAUCCCCAUUAUCGGCCAGCCAUCGUCGCCGUGGUUGGUGUGAUGGUCGCACAGCAGUUCACCGGGGUCAACAGCGUCAUCAUGUAUAGCGUGUCCUUGCUGCAGAGUAUUCUGCCCACAACGGCCGCGCUGCUCACCGUGUUCAUAUCCGCCAUCAAUCUCAUAAUGACUCUGGCCUGUUCACCUUUGCCAGACCGGAUCGGUCGGAAAACGUGCCUGUUGCUCAGUAUCUGCGGCAUGGGCAGCAGCUCCAUGCUCCUGGCGAUCGGCAUGGCGGCCAGCCAGAAAAUCCUGACCGCCAUCGCCGCCCUCUUGUUCGUGGCAAGCUUUGCCGUCGGGCUGGGCCCGGUGCCAUUCAUUCUCGCCUCGGAGCUCGUGGGGCCAGAAGCCGUGGGAGCCACACAGAGUUGGGCGCUGGCGGCCAACUGGAUUGCAACUUUUGUCGUUGCGCAAUUCUUCCCCGUCCUCAACCACGCACUGGGUGGCCGCGGGGAGGUGUACUGGGUGUUCGCGGCGAUGGCUGCCCUGCUCGGCGCAUUUAUCUACUACUUUGUGCCGGAGACCAAGGGCAAGGCGAAUGCCGAUGAAGUGUGGGGGCGGGCCGACCGUCGACAGGACUAG